AAACAUCAGCACAAAACCUUAAAAAGUGGUGUAAUGGCUGCCAUUCCAUGAAGAUUUUGAAUGAAUUUUGGCACCUUUCUAGGAAUGGUUCGCAUCGUGAGCAUGAUACAUGUAACCAAUGCUAUCUAAAAAAUAAAGGAAAAAAAAAGUCAACCUCUAAAUUAAAUCAAAGUGAAAAUUUGAAAAGUUAUGAAAUAACUCAAACUGAUUCCAGUAUAUAUGAAGGUUCAGAAAACCUAGAUUUCGGUCUUGAAAGCUCUAUUAAUGAACUCCAAUAUGAAAAUAAAGGGGAUGAGUGCGAUAACCAGGAUGAUAAUAGCCUAAAAGUAUUACGUUAUGACCUGGAUGAAAUGCAAGAAGUUACAGCAAAAAUAUUCAAAGAAGCAGAAGCACAGAAUGAAUCUAUAAAAUUCAUAUAUGAGAUUGAAAUAGACCAAGAUAUUCUUUCCACCGUUUCUUUGACUAAACUUGAUUUAGAUAGUAAUAAUCUAAAAACAAUUGAGAAUAGAUUUCUUCAACUUGCCUAUGCAUUUAUCGUGCCACUUAAGUUAGGAUCUGGCUAUUAUUGGGAGAAAAAAAUAGAUAGUCAACCAUCUAAAAGAGUUAGCGAAGCUCAUGCACCUAUAGAAAGGUAUGCCUGUUUAGGUAAUAUAAAGCUCACUAUAAUUCCAGAAGAGCAAUAUAUUUUAGUUCAAGGACAUCAUAAUGUUACAUAUACAAAACCAACUUACUGGCAAAUAGAGUUUCCAAUCGAAGCAAGAAAAUGGAUUCAAAAUAAUUUAUACCUUGAACAACCUAAAUUUAUAGAAAAAGGGUUUAAAGUUCUUACCUAUCUUGAAAACGACUUUGUGCGGGUUUUAGGAUUUUUGACACCACUGUUUAAACAUGUUGAUAUAAAAAAUGCAACAGAAAUUGUUAUAGACUCAACCUUUAAAACAAAUAAAGAAAGGUUUGAGCUAUUUGUCAUAAAUCUAAACUGUGGCGG